CAGGGCCUUAUCUGCCUUGAUCAGUGCUGCCCCCAGCCCAGUGCCCAGCAGGGCCUGGCGCACAGUACGCGCCCAAGAAGUAUGUGCCAAACCAGCAGCCACAUCUUCCCUUGCAAAGCAGAGGAGUAGGUGGGAGUUAUUUAGUGGUGCUACCACUGACCUUCAGGUUUAUGAGCAAAUGCCUUUGCUCAGUUGGCUUUCAUAAAUACUCCUCAAAAGCCCGGCUCCAGGGUUGGGAAGAUGCCUGCCACUGUACUGAACAUGAGCAACCUUGCUGUUGGAAUGACCAGCUGUUCAGGAGCAUCCCGGACCGGAGCCAGGCACAUUUAAGACUUGGAUCUAACCAGUGGCCGCUGCAGAUUGUAGUGCAGCAAUGUCGGUGUUAGAAGAAAGCCGGCCAUUUGCUCAACAGUUAUCCAAUGUCUACUUUACGAUACUUUCACUUUUCUGUUUUAAGCUUUUUGUGAAAAUCAGCCUUGCCAUCCUCAGUCACUUCUACAUUGUGAAAGGCAACCGCAAGGAAGCGGCCAGGAUAGCAGCUGAAUUUUAUGGAGUAACCCAAGGACAAGGUUCCUGGGCAGAUCGAUCGCCACUACAUGAAGCGGCAAGUCAAGGUCGACUUCUUGCUCUGAGAACGUUGUUAUCACAGGGUUAUAAUGUAAAUGCAGUAACCAUAGACCAUAUCACCCCAUUGCAUGAAGCCUGCCUUGGAGAUCAUGUGGCCUGUGCCAGAACUCUUUUGGAAGCUGGAGCUAAUGUAAAUGCAAUCACAAUAGAUGGUGUGACUCCAUUAUUCAAUGCAUGCUCACAAGGCAGUACCAGCUGUACAGAACUUCUUUUGGAAUAUGGUGCCAAACCCCAGCUGGAGUCAUGUCUUCCUUCUCCCACCCAUGAGGCUGCCAGUAAAGGUCACCAUGAAUGUCUAGAAAUACUGAUCUCCUGGGGCAUAGACGUUGACCAAGACAUUCCUCAUUUGGGAACUCCUCUGUAUGUAGCUUGUAUAUCACAGCAGUUCCAUUGCGUUCGGAAGCUUCUUUAUGCAGGUGCUGAUGUCCAAAAAGGCAAAUAUUGGGAUACUCCAUUGCACGCUGCUGCUCAACAGUCCAGCGUAGAAAUUGUCAACUUACUGCUGGAGUUUGGCGCAGAUAUCAAUGCCAAAAAUACAGAGCUUCUGCGGCCUGUGGACAUAGCUACCACCGGCGGUCUUCUGGAAAGAUUACUGCUGCAACAUGAAGCUACCCCAAGCUCUCUUUGCCAGCUUUGCCGACUCUGCAUCAGAAACUACAUAGGAAGAUCAAGACUACACCUGAUGCCACAGCUCCAGCUGCCAACAUUAUUGCAGAAUUUCUUACAGUACCGAUAAAGCAGUAAAAUAAUUCUAAAUGUUUGAAAGUCAAAAAUUUCUAUUUCAUCUGCAUAGUGUCUAUUUCGUAUUAGGAUAUGCUAAAGAUAGGGUAAAAGUGAGUUUGAGACCACACAGGGAAGAAGUGAAUGAAACAGCAAUUUUAAUUUUAAAUGUACUAGUGAGAGCUAAUGCUUUUUGCGUUUUUAUUGCUUUUGGACUAUAUAUAUUUAAAACAUCUAUAUCUUAUUAGCUACUCUCAUAUACCCUUUUGUUGAUUUAGGAAAAAAUGAGAAAUUAUCCAUUUUAUGCUUUUUAGAGUGAAAAAGAAAAACGUGACCUCUUACUAAAAUUAUUCACGUAUUAUAUUUUAAAAUGUCUGUAUUCUUCAAAUAAUUUGAUAACUUUUUAAUUUUUACCCCUGUCAUUGAUUAUCUAUGGAUUUUUUUUAUAUUAAUACAAAAUAUGAGUUUGGUUUGGGACUGGC